AUGGGCAUUCAAGACUUGCAAGCUUUCCUCGAUGGUAAUUGCGUGCAGGGAAGCACUGUAGGGGUGGACCUGUUGAAAAUUGCGCGUUUAGUCGCUCAACGGCAACGUAACCGCGUGAUAAAGGGACAACAAUUGCACAAUAGUGCCAAAUUGAGACUGGUUCUCGAUGGAGAAUGCUGCUUGGAUCGAUUGUACGGUGGAUUUUUCUCAGAUUGGGCCUGCGGUGGACAAUGGAAUCGUAUGCUGCAGUUUCUCGCGGUCCUCAUACAAGCGACAGAGAUGUCGAAUUUGGAGCUGGCCGUGUUCUUUAAUGGAUGCUUCGAGUCGUCACGGCGAGCCGACUGGGUGCAAAAUCAGCUGCAAUUGCGCGCCAAAGUCAAUAACGUCUUGAAACACAUAAUAACCAAAGGCACUCCACCGCCGAAAAUUUGGUGGACCCCGCCUGUGUGCCUGAGGACCAGCCUACGUAUGGCGCUCAGGCAUUUAAACGUCACAGUUCUGUGCAGCAUGGACGACCAUCACCAGGAAGUGAUCGCUUAUUGUCGUGAGAAUAAUUACAACGGGUUGAUAGCCGACGACGCCGAGUAUGCGGCGUUCGACCCUCCGCGAUAUUUCUCAUCCGAACAGCUGAAGCUCACAUACAAAGGUUCUCUUGACACGAAAGAAUACAUGCUCUCCGAACUUACGAAAGCUCUCAACAUACCAUCCGACAGACUCUGCAUAUUGGCAGCGUUGCUAGGAAAUUACAUAUUAACUGAAAAUGACUUGGCUGAUUUCUACAAGAAACUCAACAUUAGCACUAAUAUCAAUAAGACUAGCGUCGAACAGACCAUCAGGACAAUUGCGAAUUUCGUCAGAGAACUACCGUCCGUGGAGCUGGAUGUAGUCUCGCAAAAGGUUUUCGGCUCCACUUCAGAUCCGAGAUGUUCCAAAUUGCGACAGUCUAUACAAUAUUAUUUAAACGGAACGAAGGAGGGUUUUCUGCAUUACAAGCCUGUGAAACCAACGAAAGCUCAUAAGGUAGAUUCGAAACCAAGCGCACAGGCUCCGUCGAAUCAGUCGACCGACACACCGUCAGCCUCAGAGAGCGACUCUAACCUGGAGACGUCGAGGUUCGCAUCCGAGACCUUAGAGAGCGAACGUGAGAGCUUGAACGCGUAUAAACAGGCGACGGCCAACGCAAAAUCAGCGCCGCAAAUUGUGAUCGAUCCACCUGGUAUCCAGGGUCACGGAGACGCAGACACCAUCCGUACCGAGGACGAGCAAAGUAACGGUCAUGCGAUCAACGGUACUCACAAUCUUCUGAUCAGCUCGUCGAGUUCGAGCAGCAGCUCUUCCGCUACAUCACCGUCCCACGCAACGGCCGACUCUGCGAAACAAUCUGAGAAAACGACCAGUAUCCCCACCACUGUGCCGGAGGUUAUGCGUACUGCCUCGGAACGUCAUCAGAAAGGAUUGAUGUCGCCACACAUCUAUCAGAUUCUCAUCGCUGGCGAAAUCAAGCUUCCGGUACUUCUCGAGGACGAGAAUCAUCGAGAGUUUCCUUCCAUUCAUCUAAUUUACCGGCCAAUCCGGCAGAUGGUGUAUGCAAUCCUGUUCAAUCUUCAUCAUCGAAUGUAUCUGGCUACGAAGAGCAAAGAGAAAGGUGACUGCGAAAAGGUUGAAGUGCCUGACGUCAUAAUCAAGGAAUGGGUAUGGUCCAAAUCAAAUCCAUAUCAAACUCCCGAAUUAGUGAAAGCAGAGCAGAUCGGUUGGGGUGUGCCUACGAUUCAACGUUUGUGGUUUGGCACAGUCAUAGACGACAAACGGCGCAGACUCCGGGGAUUUCUGACUUGUAUGAGAUCAGACACACCUCUCAUGCUAAAUACAUCAUAUGUGCCUCAACACCUAUUGGUCAUGGCAUGUGUAUUAAGAUAUAUCAUGUCGUUCUCCGAUAAAAUAAAAAUCUUACGACGUCAAGAGUUGGACGCCUUUAUCGCGCAGGCUUUCUCUCCAGAACUUAUGAACGCUCAGUAUUUGCAGGACUUACAGCUUCCAUUGGUGACAUCGCGCGGUGUGCAAUUAGCUACAUUAUUCAUGGCUGGAGUGGAGACCGCGUUAUUGGCGAACGACGCUUGCGGCGCACCGAUUCCUUGGUUAAUGUGCUGCCCGUGGCUCUAUUUCGAUGGCAAACUGUUUCAUCAUACCUUGGCUCGCGCUACCAUCGCCAAGAAUCUGCUGGAACUCUGCAGUGGUCACAUAGAUCGUGUAGUGAAGGUUGAAAGGAUGCGGAAAGCGAUUCUAGAAGGAGUUACCGUCGUGUUCGCGCGUCCGCCUAUACCAGUCGCUCCAGGUAUCCGUGUGUCCGUUCCUACGAAUAUCCUGCCCGCCGGAUGUACCAUCAACGACGGGCUGAUGCGCGGUCGCGGCGGCGGCACGAUGCCGCAGCGUGGAUUAAUGCGACGUCCGAUACCGUCUCGCGGUGGUCAAUUGGAGAUCGCCGGUGUCGUCGUGGGCCAGUGGGGUCCGAAUUACGGACAACCCGGCCGUUUGCCUCAACCACUUCAGGGACACCCCCGUGGACGUAUCCCACCCCAGGUAACUUCGAUCGGCGGGCUUAAAUACAGUCUUCCUCGUGGCUUCAAUCCGAUGGGUCGGCCAACGUUUCACACUCGCGGAAACAACCGCGCUCCGAUCGCCGGACGCGGCAAGAAGACGCAGAUGAAGAUGACUGGCAAGAAGAAAACCACUAUCAAGAAGACGAAGGAAAUCGAAAAGAAGGACAGCAGAGGUCGCGGCAUCACUGUCGACGGAAUAACCGAUUAUAACGAGACGGUUCCGAGCAUGAAUUCGACGACGAAGGAAACGCCGCCGGUACCGGGCCAGUUUGACGACGCCACAGAGAACAGCAAGAGCGUGGAGAAAGGACAGGGUGACGCGCCGCUCGUCACCCCAGUCGCCACGGAGAAUUAAGUAUCAGUAUAUCGGUAAAAACGGAGAGAAAAACUCUCCGAUGACUAACCACUCCCGGAUGUGACUCAAGACUGCAAAACAAAUCUACUUAUAUGUUCCGAGCGAUUGCGCACCGUAACAUUCGAGAAUGGACGACCAUCCUCGCGUCGAGCGAGAGGAUUUAGUAACGGAUUGUUAACGAAUUUCUGUUUUCGAUAAAAUUUGACUCGCUUUGAUAUCGCCGUUCUUCAGGAUAUACUUAUAAUCAGCAUAAUUUUAAAAAGUCGAACAUUUAAAAAAAUACGCAAAUAUUCGUAACACAUUCUUACGAGUAUUUGAGACUCUUCCUUUUUUCUCCUUUUCCGUGAAAAAUUAAGAAAAAGAGAAAACGCUGAUAAAGUAUAGUAUAUAUGUUACCUGAAACGGCAUACACGAUGCGUGUACAUCGUGUAUGUAAAAUUGCAAUUGCAUCUUUCGAAACGUCGACGCGCCGCGAUUUUCUGGAGUUACACAGGUCGCAAUGAGAUGUUACGUGCGCAAUAACUCGAUAUGUCUAAAGCUCUGAUGGGGCCAAAAUGUUGAACUAAUAAUAGGAGACAAGGAAUCUGUACUCACGGUGUCCAUCUCACGAAAUUAUUUUAAUGCGUGUGACACGUGAAGUAUACAAAGAUUUUACCCGUUCUUGACAUGUCCUCACUGCCAAACCAGUACCACUCUGUAUAAGAUAGGAAGACAGACGUAACGAAGAGACAAAUCGUGCUUGUGCUAACGAGCUAAUUUCGCUCGCAUUACCAUGGAAUGGAACUCGACUGAUUAGUGUAUGCGUGCGCUAAUUUUACUACUCAGAACAAGUCGUCAGCUGCUAUAAGUAUUUAAUUCUUAAGAAGUGUGAUUAUUUUUUUUACACAAAAAUAUAUAUUUUCCGGUAUUAUAUGAAAUGCUCGCUGCGACGGUCUCAGUGGUCAGGUCUGAUCGCGAAGAAAGUAGCCUGAUAUACAUGCGUAGAGUACACGUACAUACACGCACACAGACACGCACGCACACACACACACACACAGACACGCACGCACACACACACACAGACACACGCGCGCGCGCGCGAACACAACACAUCAGCAUGUUCACACGCGCACACAAGCCACAUCACGAUAGCGUUUACUGAUUUUUGUAGAUAAGAAAGAGCCAGACGGAGCACUGAGGCAGUCAUUAGCACAUGGAGACUGAUGCUUUUCAUAUAGGUAAAAUAUAUAUUUAUAUAUACAUAUGAUUUAGAUAUUAGAGUUCCCAUAUAGUAUACUAUACGUAAGUUGUGCCUGCGUAUUGUGCGUGAGUGAGUACUUGCGAGUACACGAGAGAAUUUGUGAAUACCGUAGCGUGAAUGUGCAUCGAGCGAAAGAGAUGGCGAGGAAGAGAGAGAGAGAACGAGAGAGAAAGAGAAAGAAGGAAAGAGUGCAAGUGAGAGAGAGAGAGAGAGAGAGAGAGAGAGAGAGAGAGAGAGAGAGUGUGUUACGAAAGUGAUGUACAUAAAGCGCGGGAUGUUAUGUCAUUGUUGACGCGUGUACAUACGUGGGAUUGCAACCGAUUCGUCAUGUGUACACGCGUGUACGCAAUCUAGGUCAUAUAUUUAUUUGCUGUUACGUUGGAGAGAGAGAAAGAGAGAGAGAGAGAGAGAGAGAAAGGAGCGAAAGAGAGAGAGGGAGAGAACGUGAAUGAAUGAGCUUGGAUUGACUUAAAAGUUUUAGGUACAAUAACGUUUCUAUAUCUGACAUCCGCAGACUUGAGGCGUAUCGCGAGGGUGCCCGCGAACGUGCAAGAGGGUGACGAUUGUUGAAGCCAUUAUCCUCACGGUACGCCUCAUAAUUGUUUAGCGAAUAUGCUACAUCACGGCAUCACACGCGAGAAGUUCGUCCGUGGGCGACGAUUCGGUGAUUUUUAGAUUAAAAUGUAUUCGUCCAGUUUUGUGGAAUUUUUACGUUCUGCUACACGUGGGCAUUGUCCGUGAUUAUAUUUUGACAUUUCGAGGUAGCCAAAUCGAUGAUACGUUGACUCACGAUCACAAUCGCGAGAUUUAGGCGUUAGAUGAGGGAAGGGGGGAAUUGUUUUAGGGAGAAAUUUAAUUAUAUUUAUAUAUAUAUAUAUACAUAUAUAUAUAUAUACAUACAUAUAUAUAUAUAUAUAUAUAUAUAUAUAUAUAUAUAUCACAGAUUGUUCGCGUAAAGGAGGAAACGCGCGUGUUUCUCCCUGUGUGUAUGUAUGUGCAUGAGCGCGCAUACACGCGCCUUUUGUAGCAUAUUUCGAGAUAUGACCCUCGUUUAAUUGUACAUAUAUAAACGGUUACUUUAGAGAAAUGACGGUAUGAUUGAUAUACGGUGUACAUACAGAAUCCAGAUGCGCGUGUUAACCGCGCACCGGGAUUAGGAUGAUUAUGUUAAAAAUGUACUAUUUAUGUGAGUAGAAUAGUCUAAAAGACUUUCUACCAAAGAUCAUCGGAGUUUAAGAGAGCAAGUUCUUUUGUCGAUAGAAAAUGAUAUAUGAAACGGUGAAAUGUGGAAAGAGAGCAAGACAGCACGAUAGAACACGAUUACUAAAGUAAGUAACGAAGGUGUGAGGAUGCAAAGACAUGUGUGUCUAAGUGCACGGAGUGCGAUUUAAGACGAGUAAAAGAAAAAAAAAAACAUUUAUCGAGAUAAUAUAAAUGAGAGAUGAUAAGAUAAAAUGUUAUAUUUUUGUAGAUUUGUUAUUGCGUAAAAUGCAUUAGGACAAUGAGAACCUUUAUAUAAUUUGAGUAAAGUGACAGUUAACAAGCCUGAGAUUUAAAUGGAUAAGUGUGAACGGAAAGAACAGAGUGUGAAGGGAAAAAUCAGAGAAAGAGAGAGAGAGAGAUAGAGAGAGAGAGGGAAGGAGAGAAAGAGAGAGAGAGAGAGAGAGAGAGAGAGAGAAGAGGAGAUGGAGAGACGAAAGUGCUUUUAGAUGGCAUGUUAUACGGAAAUAACAUCCGCGGAGAAAUUUUGCUAAAGAAAAAGAAAGGAAAGAAAAAAACGAAUUCCACGUUCUCCUACGUUUCCGAAGCUCUCAGUUCCCUGAGUUGCUUGUAGGAACAGGAUUAAAAAGGACACACAGUACAUCAUAUGUAUACACACACACAUAGACACACACACACACACAUUUUAUAUAAGUACAUGCAUGUAUACAUAUACGAGAAUAACUGAAAUGAAUCGCAACUAUGUAAAGUCAGCUUCAAUGUGCGCCGAGCAUAUGUGGAAGUAAUUCGAUUCACUGUUUCAUACGCGACGCGUACGCGAAAUGGACGUUUGCUUCGAGUUUGUAUCACAGCCACGCCUCACGCAUAUAUAAUAUAUUAUUUGGAUAUAUCGUUUAACAUCAUUCGAGUCUCAUCGCUCUUAACAAUUAGCGUGCGUUAUCGUGCAAGUACGUCACCAAGUACAAUCGACAUGGAAGUAAUUUCUUUGCGCGAGAAGGUAAAAGAAAAACGUAAGUUUCGAAAAUCGACAAGUCGACCGUGCUCUGAAAGACACACACUUAUACAUAUGAGUAUAUACAUUAUAUACACACACGCAUACACACAUACACAUACAAUACAUACUAGAAGCCGACUUUCUGAAUCUGACGAAUACUAAUGAUGAAUUUGAGAGUAAAAUGCCACUUUACGCUUUUACGUAAAGAUAAAUGAUUUUCUUUCUGAGAAAUCGAACUCUUGAUAUAUACAUAUAUAUAUAUAUAUACAUAUAUAUACCGGAUACAAAACGUAAGGACACAAAUAUGAUGUUACGCAACGCGAUCAGUCGCCGCUGCGCUGAUGUGAAUAAUGAGUAACGUGAAAUAAUUUAUUAUAAACGCAAAGCGUAUAAUGCCAAAAAAAGGUAAAUAUGGGAAACCACAUUGAAUACAGCAGAUGCAGAAACGUUGAAAAUAAAUAUAUUGAAACUCGCAUAAAACACGAACGACGUAAAAAAAGGAAAAAUAAAAACAGGCACGUACGACGUGCCUGCUUUUCGUUGUAAUAGAGAGAGAGAGAGAGAGAGAGAGGGAAAGAGAGAGAGAGAAAAAGAAAGAAGAGGGAAGGGAUAGAGAGAGAGAGAGAGAGAGAGAGAGAGAGAGAAAGAGAAAGAGAAAAUGAAAGAAAGGAAGAGGGGCCCACGAAACUCGUCUAUGAUACCGACAUACCAUUAAAAAAGAUACACGAGUAAUCUAUUGUAUUUAUAAAGUAACGAUCUAUAAUGACAUUUGAGCAUUGUGUGUUGUGAUAACGGAAAAAAAAUUAAUUGUACACCGAGUAAUAAUACUAACUCUCGAUAAUCUUUGUGCCGGAGUGGCAGACGCUUCAACGAGGAAAUGAUCGACGUAAAAUAAAUCGUGGCGAAGAUUGGGUAUCCUGACGAGAUAUCGUCUAAUAAUCCGCGUCUCUCCGUCGCGUCGCGCGAGAAGUUGUUCGUAAUAAAUAAUAACGCGCUCGACUUUUUCCGAAUGGCUGUUUCCAUUUUAUUUCGAUCGCCGAUGCUCAUUCAGCACAGAAUAUUAACGACGCAGCCAUCAACUAGACUCUCUAAUUAACAUCUUAAACGUAAUUCGUAAAGUAGCUUUGUAUCCCUUUAUUUUGGAGACGAGAGGGAAAGAGAGAGAGAGAGGGAGAGAGAGAGAGAGAGAGAGAGAGAGAUUUUUUCGCUGUAUGUUAUCCGCGCGCUCACCCCCUUUUCGUUUUUCGUACCGCGUAGAAAGAGAGAGAGAGAGAGAGAGAGAGCGAACCACUUAUAAAGAGGUCGUCUUGCAAAAAUCUAGAAAAGAACAAAAAAAAAAAGAGGACAAAAGACGAGAUCAUUUAAUUCCAAUAACUUGUUUUAAAUGAUUGCCCCUCCUAAAAAAAGAGGAAUAUGUAUAUUACGUUUCACAUAUAUCUUAGAUGCGCGCACGAUGCGUCGAAUAGCAUCGUGUCGUUCGUGUUGCUCUUAUUUUUUAACUUGCUGUAGCCUUGUACGAGAUGUAGAGUUUGCGAAUUUUCAUAGCGAUCCGGACAUAAGAGUAAUAAUAACGACGAAUAAUCAACCUGAGUUGCUAUAUGUGCGCUCGACGUUUUAAAUCUUAAGUUUUUCCUUACCGUAGUUUUGCUUAAUAUACAUAAAAAGUAUGAGAAUAUACUAAAAAAAAAAAAAUAAAGAUACGAUAGCAAACACAAAUAUAAUCGAAUAAAGUAAAAAGAACAAAAAAAAAUUAAACACUUAUCGAUGUAGCUGAAAAAAGAAAACGCAUGUGGGCCCCGCGCGAAGACACACCUUAUAUAUUAUUAAAUAUUACAUAAAUAUAACGUAUAUUCUGCUAUUAUUUUUCAUAGCUGAGAGAAGGAAAAAAAAAUGAUACACGCAUACGCGCGAUAAUAAUGUAUGUUUGAUAACCAUUAUAGUAUGUUUAUUUUUCGUGUUUUUACUUUCUCUUUCCUAUACAUUAAAGAAUAAAAGAAAUAAAGGGAGAAAUAAUGUAAUAUGAUCGCAAAAGCGCAUGGGAUGACGCAAUGAGAGAAAGGGAGAAAGAGAGAAAGAGAAAGAAACGUUGCACCAGUUUGUGUAUUUGCGAGAAAAGAAAAUGCCCUUCGACAGCUUUUGUAGCCGAGAUAAAUUCUACUGUCCGGAAUAUGUCGCAGUUUCCGGUUUACGAAGGGAGAGAGAGGAAAGACAGAGAAAUAGGAGAAAGCGUGAGAGAGAAGGGUGGUGGAUGGAGAAGAGAGAAAAGGCAAGAGAGGAAGGUGAAGGGGUUUGUUGAUCCGAGAAAAAAAAAUUGUACGUGCGCUAAGCUAUUAUUGAUAAUCAUAUAAUUUGACCUCGAUGGGUUGGCCGGUGAUCAGUAAUAUGCUGUAAGACGGCGGUGCGCAGACGGUUUCACGAAUUCACUUUUCCAGAUUUCAGAGAAACUCAUUGUUCAACAUUAUCGGACAACAGUAAAGAGAGAGAGAGAGAGAGAGAGAGAGAGAGAGAGAGAGAGAGAGAGAGAGAGAGAAACCGAGACACAGGGUAGAGUCUGUCGAGCAAGGAGAGAUAAAGAGAGAAAGAGAGAGAGAGAGAUAAAAAGAAAAAUCCCAUUGCUCGCGGAGCGAUUCUCCGAGGGACGAGAGAAAAAAAUGUGCGCGCCGGAAGAAUUACACUUAUUAUUACGUAAUUUAUUAUAUAUACACUGAUCGUAAAUAGCAAUGAGCCGGCACAUCGGAGUAGAAUUCGAGUAGACGAGAUCGUCCGAUCGUUCACACGCAGCCGACCCAUUCUCGGUCCUCGCAUUUAUAUAAAGGCAGU